AAAACUAAGCGUUCCUUGCAGACCAGUGACGUCAUUACUGGCUGCCCUAAGUGUUUGGUCUGCGCAGUGUAUUUGAAUGUGGGCAAUGAGGAAGUGGAGUCUGGCAGGAAAUUUCAAGGAUACAAACUCCACUGACAUAUAGUACUCCACUGUGAAUUGUAAGACCUCAUUCUGUGAUUUGGACAAUCCAGUCAAAGCUAUGAUUGAGUUUGAAACUAUGACACUUAACCAGCAUUGAAGGUUUGUGAUGACUCCAAACAGAUUGAUAGAGAGGUAACCUAAUGGCGUCUGCAGAUUGUGUUGAACUCAAACCAUCAUCAUGGUUGAGUUAUUAUUUUCUUUAUGAUGGUUCAAAGGUGAAAGGAGAAGGAGAUCUCACUAGAGUUGGGAUUAAAUACUUCCACCCUCCACAGACCAACAUUGAUCAACAGGAAUUACUAUGUGGGCAGGUUGCUGGUGUUGUCCGUUGCAUGAAAGAGACCAUUGGCUCUCUUCCUACACUUAUCCGACUGCGGAAACUGAAAUUUGCCAUUAUGGUGCAUGGGGACUUUCUAUGGGGGCUUGGAUGUUCUAUGGAUGUCACUGAUGUAAGCUGUAAGAAGUAUUUGGAAGAUAUGAUUGGACUUUUCCGGUUUUAUAAUGGACCCUUAUGGCGUGCUUACAAGAUACAUCCCCACCACGAACUAAAUGAUGAUUGGAGAAUCUACUUGGAACACAUCGAGAAUACCACAGACCUGAACAGAAUCUUCAAUUCUCUGAGUCAUGUGGACAAGACUAAAAUAGAUCCACUACUCUUAUUAAAAGCAACACUCAUAUUGCAAACCUGUCAGCGUUUUCCUCAUGUGCUUGCUGGCUGUAUUUUGUAUGACAAUCGAAUAGUAAGCACACAGCUGCCCCCACAACUUACCUCCAAGAUUCUGGUUGAUAGAAUUUAUGCCUACAGAAGGCCUCCAUCUGUAUUCAGCAAUCACAGUGAUGAUCCUGUUUUACCUGAAGGUGUGCGCUUACUUGAAGUAUUUAUUAAGGAGCAAGACGCAAUAGCACUGUGCCAUUAUCCUGCCCAAUGGUUGGCCAGAAUACCUUCUAAUGGGUCAGAAAGUAUUUCAAGCGUGUCUCAAAUUAUCGUUGAAGAAGCUAAUACUCAUCAGUUGGUCUCAGAGGAUUUGGCAUUGGAGAAAGAGAGCGCAAACCUAGAUGCUCCUUUUACAAAGAUGCCAGAAUCUUCAGAAGCAGCUGUCCUGCUUGCCCCACAUGAAGAUUUGGAGAAUGCUGGUAUAGUUACAGAAACACUAAGUGUUCCGUCAGCUGAAACUCCUGUAAGAAGUUCAUCUCCAUUAAAGAAUUUAUAUAAUUAUGAACUUUCUGCUGAAGAUGAUCAACAUACUAUAACUGAAGGUAGCCCUCAAAGUGUUUAUCUUGGUGAUAGCACUGAUUUGCUUGUAAGAAUUUCUGAAGGACCACCUAUAACGGAGUUUGAUUUCGAAGUACGAAGCAAUCACCAAUCUACAGGUAGCUUUGUUACUUGUGGUUCUACAACAGAAAUAGAUAAAAUUAGUUUUGAUGACUCUGGGAGCUCCAACAUGGAGGACAGCCAAGAUUCCUUCUAUCGAUCCGUUGCUGUAUUCCCAGAAUUUUCCACUAGUAUACCGUUUGAACAGAAAAAAUAUCACCAUCACUUCACUCUGAUUAGGAGUGUAGAGAAUAUUGAUGCAUUGGCAGACGGUGCAGAAGGCGACCUGGAGUCUCACGCAAAUAAUACUGGAAAUUCAGAAGUGAUAUCUUCUGAUAGUGCACACUUAAAUAUGUCCACCAAGGCAUCCACCGACACAGACUGGACCUUAACGCUGGACUCCUCUCCAUCAGCUAGCAGCUCAAAAUUUGUAAAGAUUCUUUUAUAUGUACAUAAUGUUAAAGGACUAGUACUGUCUCUAAUGGCUGAAAUGCCUUUCAGAUAUGAACACGGUUUAAUUCAGGAUGUGUAUGAUGGCACUUUGGCUGCUCUCAAUGGAUUAGAAGUGCAUCUCAAGGAGACCAUGCCCACCAACAACCACAAUGUUACAAAGGCCACCUACAGCUUCACUCAUUAUGACUCCAUUCAAAACAUUAUCACUGCCAACCUACCAUCUGUCUCAAGCACACUCGACCGCCAUCUCCUACGUGGUGCCAGCUUAAUACAUUCUGAUUUCAGUCUACAGCAGUCGCUUAAGGAAAUCACCAUAAGGAAUGCCUCUUCUGCACUGUAUGCAUGUCAAAGUACAGUCCAUCAAACGUACUUUCAACAGGUAGCGCCUCCAUUUAGGAAUUCUGGAUUUCCAGAUCCUCAGGACUCUGCCUUUCUCCUACCAAGCAAAGCCAAACAAAAACUCCUUAAACAUGGCUUUAACUUAUUGUAACCCUUCUUGCACUUCCUCAGUAAAACAUUCUGCUGAUUUCAAGAAAUAAGGCCAUAUUGAGUAAGCGGUAUUCAUUUCUAUGUUGUAAAUUUGAUAGUCUUUAUGUUCAGUUGAUGUCAAUGUGCAUUAUAGAUUUUCUUUAUUUAGCUCAUCCACCAUUGGUUGAAGCAACUCCUUUGUGUUUAUCUGCAUUCAGUGACUAUACACUUUAGUUUAUCAGAAAGUCAUGUAUUGCUGGACCAAUUUGCACCUAAUUUCUUGCUCAAAUGUCAUUCUUGAAACCGCAAAUUAAAGUAAU